AUGAACCUUUCAGAGAACGCAGUUGGAACGAUUCAUGAAAAAUACAAUUUGAGAUCCUAUCAAAAACUCAUACUCGGCGGCAUUUUAGACUUUGAAGUUACUUCUUUAGGUCCCGAUGGACCUACCUAUCGGUGUACUGCCUGUAGCUCUGGUCGAACAAUGAAGACUUAUGACAGGCAUCGAAAAUCAAAAGUGCACAAAGACAAUGUUGAAAUUAUUCUUGCUGAAGAAAGAAUGAUAGGACAAGAAUCAACUUCAACAGCUGAUGUGACCGGACAAGAAGAUGUCAUGCUUGGUGUACAAACAAUGGACAAUGAGGAGCCCAAAGUUGUAUGUUAUGAUGAAUUAUAUAGCUCAGAUAACUCCGACAAUACUUCUCCUUCAGACAUAGAAUCAGAAGUCGCCCCUCCAGAGCCUUGGUCUAAAUUUUGA